AUGAGCUCACCAUUAAUCGACGAUAUCUUCGAAGCCCUGCAUGUUUGCUCUGCAGAGGCAACAGUACAACGUCCAGACCGUCCCGGCUUGCUUCUAAGCUGCAAACCUGUAAAGUCAAGGAAAAAACGAACAUUUUGUUGUCCAGCAGUUCCUGGAUCAAUCGCUCUCGACGUACGCAAUAUUGCCACUUCUCUGUCAGGGAAGGGAAGCGCGAAGCCCAUUAGAAUGAAGCGCCCAUAUCUCUUGUGGACGUUUGAGGCGUAUUCUCGCUUUAUCAUCCCGGAUCCUAGAAAGCGCCUCCCCUCAUCCGACGUAUCGGUAGUGGCGUCUACAAAUAGGCGCUCGAUAAUAACAUCGUGGACCCACAUGCCCGUUGUGUAUUUGCCCCCUUCAGGGAAAAUAUUCAACUUACGAUCGACGCUUGCUGCUGUGGCGCCGUCAUUCCGCCUUUGCAGAGAUGGAUGUUUUUAUUGUUCUGAGUGGCAGGCAGGGCCGGAUUUGUCUAAUGUUAUCUCCGACGUUUCACGCUUUGACGAGCACGGUUCAUUAUGGACCCACAGUGACGUCGUGGGCGCUUAA